UCAUAUUUGAUUACGUGUAUACAUGUAUCAUUUUUAUGUCUAUGAUUUAAUCAUGGGACUCAAACUUCUAUCCUAUCAAUUCAUGUUAUAAGUUUAUGAUUUGUCAUGGGGCUCAAGUCUCUACCCCAUCAACUCAAGCUAUGAUUAAGUUUUCGUCAAGGGGCUUAAGUAGGUCUCUACCCUAUUGGCUCAUGUUUUGCAAGUAUUACAUGUCAUGAUAACAUGAUUUGAUUAUAUAAUUAACGUAUAUGAAUAAUUGUUUUGUUCCUCAUUGAGUAUAUUUGAUAUGCUCACCCCUUUUUAUUUUCUUUCAAUUUUGUUAUUGUGGAGUCGAGGUAGCCAUGGAAGUCGAGAAUGACUAGUGAUAAAAGAUUUUGUUUAAAUUCAUUUUUUUUUGUUUAUAAUUAUUAUUUGAUUUAUAAAUGCUUUAUUUAUCCUAGACUAUGCGAAUUUUUGACAAGUCAUGUCACUUUUGAUUGUGUUGGAGUUUGAUUUUUUAACAGAGUAGAUGUGGAGUUAGAAAUCGGUCUUGUUUCUCACUGUCUCUCGUCUCCGGCCUUUCUCUACCGUCCCCGCCGGUCGCCCCAGCUGCAGCCGUCUCCUAUCGCCCGUGGCCUCGUCCCUCGCCCUGCCAAGCAGCAGUGGGCGACGCCGCCGCCCUCGCCCCACGCCGCCUCCUCCGUCCUCCGUGCCUCAGAAGUAUCAGUUGCCUCCGUCACUAGCAGAUGGGUUCAGACAUCAAAACAGUUGAACAGAGAUUGAAGUCUUUCACCAGUCAGCUUCACACGGAAUGUGGAAUUCUAGAGAGGCUUGUGUAUAAACACAAGAAUCAACAUCGAAGAUGCUCUUAUUUUCAAUACAUUCUCAAGGUUAGAAGGGAUUUGCAGCUUCUGAAAUUAGGUGACCUGGAAGAGGUUUUGGAGUCGUCUUUUCUGGUGAUAAAUGGCGAUAGGCCAAAACAAAAGGUUCAGCUUUUAGAAGGUUUGAAGAGGAGAAAAACUAACAGUGGAAAAUAUAAUUUUCUGGAAAGGCUUUUGGGAGUUACCCGUCUAUUGUCACAGAUUGUUGAGCCUUUGCUGAAGGCAGCUAUGGAGAUAUCCAUGCUUCUUGCACGGUCAUUUUUCAUGAAGUUUUCACUGGCGGUAUUGGCUGUGCUUGCACGUAUUCGAGUACUGGUUCAACAAAUGCUUUUUGAUGCUGUUGUUCUAUACAACACCGUUUCUUCUCUUUCACAAAAGGAACAAAGUAUUAAAUUAAAUCAAGAAGGAUUCGAGGUCUUUAGAGAAUAUUUUCCAAGAAAAGAGGAAGUGAGAAUAUUACUAGAAUGCAUUUGGCAGAAGGAUAAGUUUGUCUUAGUUGAGACGACCCACAAAAGUGAGACCACUAGUCAAGAGAAGGAUGACCCAGGAGACUUCUCACUGAGCACUCCACAAAUACUAUAUGAGAACAUUGAGGUUUUACUAGGAGUUGAUGAAACUGGGGCUGCAACUUCUGUACAUCCGGCAACAGACACAAACGAUGUUGAAGAGAACUGCAGUUAUGCUGGAUUGAAGAAAGAUGAUAAAAAUGUUCCGGAAGCCUCAGAUAUAGUUCCAUCUUCAACUGCAAAUAUAGUUUCCUUAGAAGAUGGUUUCACCAAUUCAUCGGCUAGAACAUUCUCCGAAACAAACAGAAAUAAGUUAGCUGGAGAUGAUUCAUGCUUUAUGAGAACCUCUGAAGCCAGAGGCACACACAUAGAAGCUAGCCGGCCUGCUAUUUCAACCACAUUGGUUCUUUCAAAACCAGUUAGAAAGGAAACGAGUAAGAAGGUUGCUUUUAUAACUGUUAAACAACCACCUCCAUCGACUACAGAUCAAUCGAGGUUUGAUUUGAAGGUCACAGAAAGGAACAAUAAAGAUCCAUUUUUCAGUCUCCUUAGUGGUGGGGACAAGAGUAGUCUAUUGUAAGUAGUAGAGUAGCCUUUUCAAUAGAGUCGAUAUCUGAGUAACUUGGCUCAUUUUACUGCCCUAAAUACAAGUUAGGGAAAUUUUGGUUUUGAUCCUUGAAAGUCAUGGAUGCUCCAACGAGACAAUUUUACCAUCUACAGCUUAAGGCGGAGGCUGUGCUUGGCCAAGGUACAGCUUUUAACACCUCAGAUAUCUGUUGAGUUUAGCUCAAAAUCGUCUUAUCUUGUUAGUGAUAGAUUUUUAUUAUUAUUAUUUCAUUAAUCUUUUACUGUGUUUACUUGAUAGAGAUACUGAAAAAGAAAAAAAAUGCAUUUUUCAUUAUUAAAGAGGUAGUAUGGAAGAGAGUUACUGAAA